CCGUCUCACUGCUUCUUCCUUUCUUCUCACAAAGGCCCUGCCUUUCUUCCCCCUUCUUCCUCUUCCAUCCUGCCAAGAACCUCUCUUUGAGAGAGAAAGAAAGAAACUUGUCACAUCAUCAACGGAGCGGGUGCUUUGAUCGAUGCUGGGCGGCGGCAAGAUGAAGGGCGGGGAGGCGACCGGCGGCGGCGGCAGCAGCAGCAUUAGCCCGCUGGUGUCGUUCGUGCUGGGCGCCGCCAUGGCCACCGUCUGCAUCCUCUUCGUCAUGUCGGCCAGCCCGGGCCGCCGCCUCGCCGACAUCGCCGCCUGGAGGAGCGGCUCCGAGGACGCCGCGCCGCUGCCACUCCCGUUGCAGGAGGUCGCCGCCGCCGACGCCAACGACUCGCAGCAGCUGGCGGACGCGCCCAACGUCACCGUCGUCGCCGCUCCGGCUCCCGCCCCCGUCCAGGCGCCGGCGUCGCCGUACGGCGACCUGGAGGAGGUGCUCCAGCGGGCGGCGACGGCGGAGCGGACGGUGAUCAUGACGCAGAUCAACGCGGCGUGGACGAAGCCGGGGUCGCUGCUGGACCUGUUCUUCGAGAGCUUCAGGAUGGGCGAGGGCGGCGUGGCGCGGCUGCUGGAGCACCUGGUGAUCGUGACCAUGGACCCGGCGGCGUACGAGGGGUGCCAGGCGGUGCACCGCCAUUGCUACUUCCUCCGCACCACCGGCGUCGACUACCGCUCCGAGAAGAUGUUCAUGAGCAAGGACUACCUCGAGAUGAUGUGGGGCCGCAACAGGUUCCAGCAGACCAUCCUCGAGCUCGGCUAUAACUUCCUCUUCACGGACGUGGACGUGAUGUGGUUCAGGGACCCGUUCAGGCACAUAUCGAUGGGGGCAGACAUCGCCAUCUCCAGCGACGUGUUCAUCGGCGACCCCUACAGCCUGAGCAACUUCCCCAACGGCGGCUUCCUGUUCGUGCGGUCGAACAGCAAGACGGUGGAGUUCUACCGGAGCUGGCAGCAGGGGCGGUGGCGGUUCUUCGGGAAGCACGAGCAGGACGUGUUCAACCUGAUCAAGCACGAGCAGCAGGCGAGGCUGGGCAUGGCCAUCCAGUUCCUCGACACCACCUACAUCAGCGGCUUCUGCCAGCUCAGCAAGGACCUCAACAAGAUCUGCACCCUCCACGCCAACUGCUGCGUCGGCCUCGCCGCCAAGAUGCACGACCUCCGGGGAGUCCUCGACGUCUGGAGGAACUACACGGCGGCGCCGCCCGACGACCGCCGCGCCGGCAAGUUCCACUGGAACCUCCCCGGCAUCUGCAUCCAUUGAUGAAAUGAUGACCGACCGACCGAGCUAGCCCGAUUCUUUCUCCUCUUCUCUCUUCGCAAGGCAAGCAUCAUCGAGCGGAGGAAUUAAUUAGUUGCACCGAUUCUUUUUGUUUAGUUAUAUUAAAGCUAGGAAUAUAUAUAUAUAUUAUUACUAAGUUAUUAUUAUCAAAUAUAUAUUAUUUAUACCAUAUGUACAUUUUAGCAGCAUGCUUGUAUCGUUGGACUCCUCUCUGUAAAGAAAAAGAAUGCAACAGUUACCUUGGUAUCGAGCAUGUGUCCGGACUCGAGCAGCUUUUU